AUGGCGGCCAGACGACUGAGAACGAAGCUGGUGAAGUUUCUGUCAAAACCGGCGCGAUUCCGAGUUCUUUCUAAUGGAAUCCGGCGCUUCCGGGGUCGGUGCUGGUCGGGAAAGGAAGAAGGGGAAGUGGCAGUUCGAACAGGACCGGUCGUUAACUAUGGUGGCGGCGGUGGCUUUGAGAAGCCACCGGCUUUGCAGAAAAAAUCGGAGGGCGAAGGGACUGCACGCGGGGAGAGAUAG